AGACAAUCAAACUAGUACAUACCCAACUAGUCAAAGGUAUACAUAUUACAACAAAGUAGUGACAACAAUCCCAAGUCAAUUAAUAUUUCCUAUCUCCUAUCCUAUCCUAUCAACCUAUCCACCUUAUCCUCUCAAUUCUACUAUGCUAUCAGCCAACUCUCAGAAUCUCACGACCGUUUAAACGCAGGUCGAGUUCUUGCACUCCAACGGCGCACAGCAGGGAUCAAUGCCCGCGACGAUCUCGCAGGUGACGGCGCGACCAAAGCAGCUCUUGUUCACAUCCUUGGCGACGAGGUUCUCGACGACGGAGGGACGGGCGGUGACGCCGGCGGAGAGGGUGAGGAGGAGGGUGGUGAUGGGGAGGAGGAAUUGCAUUUUGUUGGUUGAUUUGUUGUUGGGUUGGGUGGGUAUUGAUUGGUGGUUGUGUCGUGAUGGUAAGGAGUGGAUGGUGGUGAGUGUUGUUGUGUUGUGUUGUGGUGGUUAAGGAGAGAAGAUCUAGAUUGAUAGCGAUGGGUGGUGAUUGAUUAGCUUGGGGAUUCUUAGUCAAGAAUGAAGAAAGAAGAAUGAACGUGGUGGAGUGUCACUCAAGGGAUAAUGAUCGAUAGAAGAUAGAUAGAUAAAGUAACGAGGGAAGAGAGAUAAAAGAGGAGAAAGAGGGAAAGGAACCGGAAAGAAAAGAAAAAGAGAAAGGGAUGGACUGGUUUAUGCCCGAGCCAGCAUGGACUGACUUGGUC